GUUGGAAUUCAUACCAAGGCAUGGUUUAUCGCUGGGAUAUUUCUACUAAUGACUAUACCAAUAUCUCUCUGGGGAAUACUACAACACUUAGUCCAUUAUACUCAACCUGAAUUACAGAAACCAAUAAUAAGGAUUCUAUGGAUGGUGCCGAUUUACAGUUUAGACAGUUGGAUAGCUUUGAAAUACCCCAACAUUGCAAUAUAUGUGGAUACAUGUCGAGAAUGCUAUGAAGCUUAUGUCAUCUAUAAUUUUAUGGUUUUUCUUUCAAAUUAUCUAACCAACCGGUAUCCAAACCUCGUAUUAAUAAUAGAAGCAAAAGAUCAGCAGAGACAUCUGCCGCCUCUAUGUUGUUGUCCGUCGUGGGCUAUGGGAGAAGUUUUGUUAUUUAGAUGUAAACUGGGUGUUUUGCAGUACACUGUUGUCAGACCAUUUACUACCAUUAUUGCUUUAAUUUGUGAACUAGUGGGAGUGUACGAUGAAGGAAACUUCAGCUUCAACAAUGCUUGGACUUACUUGGUUAUACUUAACAACAUGUCACAGCUAUUUGCUAUGUAUUGUCUGGUGCUGUUUUAUAAAGUACUACGUGAAGAACUGAACCCCAUCCAACCUGUUGGCAAGUUUCUUUGUGUGAAGAUGGUCGUUUUUGUUUCUUUCUGGCAAGCUGUGCUUAUUGCAUUGUUGGUGAAAGUUGGUGUUAUUUCUGAGAAACACACCUGGGAGUGGCAAAGUGUGGAAGCUGUGGCUACAGGCCUACAGGAUUUUAUCAUUUGUGUUGAGAUGUUCCUGGCUGCUAUUGCGCAUCACUACAGUUUUUCCUAUAAACCUUAUGUUCAAGAAGCUGAAGAAGGGUCAUGCUUCGACUCUUUUCUUGCAAUGUGGGAUAUUUCUGAUAUAAGGGCAGAUAUAUCAGAACAGGUUAGAAAUGUUGGAAGGACAGUUUUGGGCCAGCCAAGGAAAAUGUUUUUUGCCGAAGAUCACGAACAAAACGAGCACACAAGUUUACUGUCUUCAUCUACUCAAGACCCAAUUUCUGAUGCUUCUUCAAUGCCAUCUUCACCCAUGGGUCAUUAUCAGGGGUUUGGACACACUGUGACACCUCUCACAACACCAACGACAGCCCCUGCAGUUGAUGGUGUUUAUAACACUUCUGCUAUUCGAGACGCUGAGGAGUCACCCGAACUCGAGCACAAUUUGUCAGAGAAAGCUUUGGAUAAAAGUUAGACUCACCUUUUCUUCGAAUGUGUCGAGGAGUCUGUUAUAUACUUGCCACAUAUGUUAACAGGUACGGUUAGUGAUGAAAGCUGAAAGGUUUGGAAAAGCUCCUGUGCAGAUGGGAAGAGGAUAUGGCUGUAACUGGCAUCUGAAUUCCAAAUCUAUAAUGGAUGUGAGUAUCUGUGAGGACCCCAUGGAUAUAAAACACGCACACUGUAAAGGUUUCUGCAUAAAUUUAAGAAUCAACUCCUUAAACUGCUAAACACCUACACGUCAUGUCAAGGUUAUACUGACUUUUAUUAAUAGGAAAGAAAUAUUUGAAAAAAUACUCUGCUGUUCUAAAGACAAAGUGCAAGUACUACUAGCAAUGGGAAAAUGAAUGUAAUUAAGAAGGGCAGUAGCAAAAA